AGCUGGCCGAACCCGGGGAAUGAGAGCUCCAGCCCCCGCCCCAGGCCAGUCCCAGCUGGAUCUCCGGCCAGAGCCCGAGGCUGCUGCGCCGGGCGGCUGCAGCCUCCGCUCCAGCGCCCGCGCCGUGCCCUGCAUCCCUGGAGCCCGGCUGGACCCGCGGCGGCGCGGCCGGUGUUCCCCCUCCCCACCCUGGGGCAGCAGCCACCAUGUUCUCAUGCGUGAAGCCCUAUGAGGACCAGAACUAUUCGGCCCUGAGGCGGGACUGCCUGCGCAGGAAGGUGCUCUUCGAGGACCCCCUCUUCCCCGCCACUGAUGACUCGCUCUACUAUAAGGGCACGCCGGGGCCUGCCGUCAGGUGGAAGCGACCCAAGUACAGUGGCCAUUCGCCGGCCCCUCACAGGCCUGGCUGGGGAGAUGCACGGAGAAUGGGGAAUGUCCCCAGGCCUGGGAGCUCAGGGUGUCCUUCCUCCUCGCUCAGGGCCUGGGCCCUGGACAUCUGCGAGGACCCCCGCCUCUUUGUGGAUGGCAUCAGCUCCCACGACCUGCACCAGGGCCAGGUGGGCAACUGCUGGUUUGUGGCAGCCUGCUCAUCACUUGCCUCCCGGGAGUCGCUGUGGCAAAAGGUCAUCCCAGACUGGAAGGAGCAGGAAUGGGACCCCGAAAAGCCCAGCGCCUACGCAGGCAUCUUCCACUUCCACUUCUGGCGCUUCGGGGAAUGGGUGGACGUGGUCAUCGAUGACCGGCUGCCCACAGUCAACAACCAGCUCAUCUACUGCCACUCCAACUCCCGCAAUGAGUUCUGGUGCGCCCUGGUGGAGAAGGCCUAUGCCAAGCUGGCAGGCUGUUACCAGGCCCUGGAUGGAGGCAACACAGCAGACGCACUGGUGGACUUCACGGGUGGUGUUUCUGAGCCCAUCGACCUGACCGAGGGUGACUUUGCCAACGAUGAGACUAAAAGGAACCAGCUCUUUGAGCGCAUGUUAAAGGUGCACAGCCGGGGCGGCCUCAUCAGUGCCUCCAUCAAGGCAGUGACAGCAGCUGACAUGGAGGCCCGCCUGGCGUGUGGCCUGGUAAAGGGCCACGCAUACGCCGUCACUGAUGUGCGCAAGGUGCGCCUGGGCCACGGCCUACUGGCCUUCUUCAAGUCAGAGAAGUUGGACAUGAUCCGCCUGCGCAACCCCUGGGGCGAGCGGGAGUGGAACGGGCCCUGGAGUGACACCUCGGAGGAGUGGCAGAAAGUGAGCAAGAGUGAGCGGGAGAAGAUGGGUGUGACCGUGCAGGACGACGGUGAGUUCUGGAUGACCUUCGAGGACGUGUGCCGGUACUUCACGGACAUCAUCAACUGCCGCCUGAUCAACACAUCCCACCUGAGCAUCCACAAGACGUGGGAGGAGACCCGGCUGCAUGGCGCGUGGACACUGCAUGAGGACCCGCGACAGAACCGCAGUGGCGGCUGCAUCAACCACAAGGACACCUUCUUCCAGAACCCACAGUACAUCUUCGACGUCAAGAAGCCAGAAGAUGAAGUCCUGAUCUGCAUCCAGCAGCGGCCAAAGCGGUCUACGCGCCGGGAGGGCAAGGGCGAGAACCUGGCCAUUGGCUUUGACAUCUACAAGGUGGAGGAGAACCGCCAGUAUCGCAUGCACAGCCUGCAGCACAAGGCCGCCAGCUCCAUCUACAUCAACUCACGCAGCGUCUUCCUGCGCACUGACCAGCCUGAGGGCCGCUAUGUCAUCAUCCCCACCACCUUUGAGCCAGGCCACACUGGCGAGUUCCUGCUACGAGUCUUCACUGAUGUGCCCUCCAACUGCCGGGAGCUGCGCCUGGAUGAGCCCCCACACACCUGCUGGAGCUCCCUCUGUGGCUACCCCCAGCUGGUGACCCAGGUACAUGUCCUGGGGGCUGCUGGCCUCAAGGACUCCCCAACAGGGGCUAACUCUUAUGUGAUCAUCAAGUGUGAGGGGGACAAAGUCCGCUCAGCUGUGCAGAAGGGCACCUCCACACCAGAGUACAAUGUGAAAGGCAUCUUCUACCGCAAGAAGCUGAGCCAGCCCAUCACUGUACAGGUCUGGAACCACCGAGUGCUGAAGGAUGAAUUUCUGGGCCAGGUGCACCUAAAGGCUGACCCGGACAACCUCCAGGCCCUGCAUACCCUCCCCCUCCGGGACCGAAAUAGCCGGCAGCCCAGCAACCUGCCAGGCACUGUGGCCGUGCACAUUCUCAGCAGCACCUCCCUCAUGGCUGUCUGACACCUGCCCACCUACCUGGCUCCGACAGUUCCCACCACCAUCUGCAUGUCCCCACUGGGCCUGAGUCUAGCCUGGGAGCCAGGACACUGGGGUCCUUUUCCCACUCUUCCACUGACUUGCUGUGUGACCUUAGGAAGUCUCUGCCCCUCUCUCAGCCUCAGUGUCCUGAGGGCCCCGAAGCAUUCCCUUCUCAUGGAGGAGUUUCCUUGCUGAGAUUUCAAAUAGUCCUCCCCACCUCAACUGUCACCACUGCUAAGGGACUCUAUCCGUUGAACACAUUUUCCUAAGGCCCUGCUGUCUGCCGAGGAGUGCCAAGAAGAUGUCACUUGUUUACACACAAACUGCCACAUCCCCAAGCUCCAUUCUUGUCCCUUGUGUCCUAGGCCCAACCCAGCCUCCCAGACCUCACUUUCCCCAUCAACGAUACCUGGUGUUCUCCCACCUUGAAAGGACUCUUGGCUCCUGCCGGGUUCCUGCUCAGGCUGGAAUUGGGAAAAUAUGCAGAUGACAUUUGUUCAUCCUCUAAUCCCAUCCACUCACCCAUCCAUUUUCCUCACUCAGUGGAGAUUUUCCAAAUGAAUAAACGGCACCUUUGAGGCCCCAGGUGAAGCGGGGCCCUCCUCCGGCCUCUGCCUGGGGCCUCGCCUCUGUCCUCAGGUCCUCUCAGAGGCAGAUACCUAGGGGAGCUGCUGCUGCCUGCUCAUUCUAGCUUCCGAUUCCAUUCCCAGCCCCUGGGUUAAGAUCCCUGGAGAGGUGGUGUCAAUGGGGGUGAGGAAGGGCAUCUUCCUGACUCCUCUGCCCAGUGCUGGAAGGAGCAUGCCUGGGUUAGUGGGCCAGGGGCCAGGCAUCUGGGGGGCUUUGGGGACCAGAAGGGGAGACGGGCUCCCAGAGCCUCUCUGCUGUAAGACCCCAGCUUUUCCUGGAAGAUGGGACUCUGGGGUGUGUGGUGCCCACCAGAGUCAGGCCACUCACUGGGCUCAGCAGGAGAUAGGGAGCCCCAUCACCUGACCACAGCCCCCCACCAACAUUCCCCCCAAAUGCAGCCUAGGAGGCCACAGUGCUCUUCUUCCUGCCUGGACCAAAAUGUUCCUUUUAGUCCUCAAUGUUUUAUAUUCUUUUUGUUUUGAAAACCUCAAUUUUAAUCAGGGGUUUUAAAAGAAAAUUGAAAGCUUGAACCUCCAUUUUUCUUCUUGGCUCCGGUUUUGCUGGUCCUCUGGAGAACUCUUCGUGAGCACUGGUGCCGUGACCCACUUGGGAUCUCUGCUGUGCCCUUCUCGGGCUUCCAGACCAGGUGUAGCAAAUGAAAAAGUGCAGUUAAUUCAAGAACAGGAAUCCCUGUGUCCUUGCUGGGAAUUCCUUUUGGGAACUUGACUUUUCGACUCCAGAUCCUGCUGUCUGGAUCAGUGUUCUGGCUGGAGGUGCUGGAUUCUCUGAUUUUGCCUCCUCACUCUGUGUCUGGCUUUGCUCCUGGGUCUUGGCCCUGGGCCGUAUGAGGGGCCAGGAAAUGAACGACAAGGAGGAUAAGAGCGUUCUUUCUUGAAAGCUGGGACUUCCCCUCAAGAACCUGGGCCUGGGGCCAGGACUCUGCAUGACUGGGAGCAAGUCACUUAAACCUCCUGUGCCUCGAUUUCCCCCUUCUACAAAGUGGGGCCAAUGAUUCUUGUGUGUCAGCGCUCUUACUACCAAGUGCUGAGUAAGGGCAAAAUAAUACCCCUUUCUCUAUCUCUGUAUGCACACACACUAUAUAUAUACAUGUUCAUGUAAUCACCACUUCUCGAUGUCUAUUUCAAAUCAAGGCUCCUGAGUUGGGGGGUGAAGUGAGCCAUCUGGCACCUCGGGCUAACACAUGGAACUUUGCUCAGCCAUGUCCCCUGGUAUACAGGGGCACACCAGGAACAAGUGGCAGACCUGUGGGCUUCAGCCUUGGGGCCAGGCCAUGCCUGCCACCCCUGACAGAACAGGUUCCACAGUGCUACCCUUGCUUCCUGCCCCUUGAGGUGGGCCAGGCUGGCUCCUGGUUAUGCAGGGAUCUCUGGUCCCCAGGAGACCUUGGGGGCCAGGCAGGUAAGGAUCAGGGGUGGUAGGGGAGCGCAAUUACUUUGUUCACUGUAUGCACCCGCGGGGGCCUGGGAGUCCCCAUUUGCAGGUGGGUGGGGCCUCCAGCCCACACCACCCAGACCUGGGCUUCACUCUUCUCAGGAUCCACCACAGGGUUAGGGGACAGGAAGCCUGUUCUAUUCUCAAUAAAUCUUACACCAUUCUGAAAA